AUGGCUGAUAUCUUUCAGAAAGCUAGCGGCCUUUUGGUCUGGCUCGGUCAGGAGGACAUUUUCACAAACGAUGCCCUUGCUGUCAUUCAGAAGGUGUCCGCCAUACCUGAAAGUGACUGGUCGCUCGUGCCAUACACCUCGUCCUACGAUCCUGGAUCAGCCCAGCACGGCCACAACCCAGAUUUGACCUUUCACAAUUGGCUUGGCCUCAGCACAAUCAUCACCGCUGACGCCUAA